AUGUUGACAGUUGUGUUCGGAUUGGGACCAGGUACUUGCAUGCGCGUCUCGUUCGCGGACGGCACCUCGUCAGAGGUACCGCCCCUGAUGCUCGUCCACCAUUUCCGUAUUUUCCUCCUCUUCUUCAUGGCUACCUGUCUCUUCGUCAGCACCUUCCUCAAGGUCCUCAAUCUCAACCACCCACUCAGCAGCUGCCCGCUUCCCUGUGCUGCCCACUUCCCUGCAGCUGCCCACUUCCCUGCUGCUGCCCACUUCUCUGCAGCUGCCCACUUCCCUGCUGCUGCCCACUUCCCUGCUGCAGCCCACUUCCCUGCUGCCCACUUCCCUGCUGCUGCCCACUUCCCUGCUGCUGCCCACUUCCCUGCUGCCCACUUCCCUGCUGCUGCCCACUUCCCUGCUGCUGCCCACUUCCCUGCAGCUACCCACUUCCCUGCCCCUGCCCACUUCCCUGCUGCUGCCCACUUCCCUGCUGCUGCCCACUUACUUGCUGCUGACCAUGUCCCUGCUGUUGUCGUCGACGGCAAUCCGGGAGACGCCGCACCGGCAAGGGCAAGGGGGGCAAGGGCGCUGGAGGGGCUGGCGGGGGCGGUGGAGGUGGUGGUGGAAGCAGUGGAGGGGGUGGGGGUGGUGGUGGGAGUGGUGGCGGGGGUGGAGGUGUCGGUGGCAGCAGUGGAGGCGGAGGAGGCGGCGGCGGUGGCGGAGGGAGCGGAGGCGGCGGAGGUGGCAGAGGCGGCGGGGGUGGCGGAGGCGGCGGCGGCAACGGUGGAGCUGGUCGCGGCUCUGCGCAGAGGAGUGGGUCUGCGCGGUGGGGGUACUGGUCCCUGCACCUACGUCCUCCGUACCGGCGACUGCGCUGGUGAGCAGUGCGGGGGCCCGCACUCCACCCAGCGCUGCUUCGGCCGCCUGACGGACGCGUGGCGUCACCAGUUGCUUGACGCCACUGAGAUCCCUCGCUGGGGAGAGGUGUCUAGGGCGGGGGUUGCUAUCUUUGAUCUUGAUUAUGAUGCUAUUCUUGCUGCCAUGUAUGCUGUGUCUGAUAGUGUUGAGGGUGACUGUUACCUGUGUGUUCCGCCUGACCCGGGCAUUGAGGCUGCUGCUCUAGGUGCUAGUGCGUCUGCUGCCCCAGGUGCUGGUGAGUCUGCUCUCUCAGGUACUACGUCGGCUCAGGCCUUACACACCUUCACCUUUGACUCAGGUGCUUCCCGCUCCUUCUUUCGAGACCGCACCACGCUUACGCCGCUUAGUUGGCCGGUUGUGGUCUCCCUGGCGGACCCCUCUGGGAGUCCUGUCCUUGCUAGCUUCUCCACUGUCUUACCGUGCCCGGCAGCCCCCUUUGGCACCCUGUCAGGUCUCUACCUCCCCUCGUUCUCUACAAACUUGGUGAGUGGAGCUGAUCUACAGGAUAGGGGGGUUGACCAGUUCACUCCUGCGAGUCAGCGGGUGACCCACUGUACGUGUGCUCGGACAGGCCGACACUUGGCCAUGUUCACCCUUCGGCCGCGGUCGAGCCUGUAA